AUACUCGCUUUGGUGCUUUCAUUGUGUCGUGUAUUAUGGAACGGUAUUAUAUGUAUAAUGUUGCAGGGACAAGACAGAAAUAUAUUAACGGCGAAUCGUGUGUACUCGUUAGAAAAUCGAUACAAUUGGUGGAAUAUGUUUUUCGUUUCACUUCCGCACGCGCGCGCUUCUCUCACGCACCUUGAUGCUUCACGAUGCGUACCAUUGAAUGAAAUAACAAUAAAGUGUUGUUAUUUUCCAAUGCAGGCGGGCAUAGUGGUACUUGGCACGUUUUAGAAAACUGGCUGAAACAUGAUUGCAAAGAAAGAGGUCACCGAAGCGAAUGUCGCAUCCGAAAUCGAGGUGAUAAGGCGAAAAUAAAUUUGACGAGAGCCGAUGUGAGCGGGUAACGUGGUUUUCAACAGUAUGCAAACAGGAUAAACUUAAUUGAAUCGAGAUUGUAAAAACUAUCGAAAUGGUGGUACAACUUACUAUUACCAAUAGAGGAAAUCGACGGCGUCGUGAAUGGCCAAUCUAGAUUUUAAUUAUCUUCUGUUUACGGUUUUUAUGGGAACAGGUUUGCUUUAAGGAAAAUGUGUGUACACGUAUGAAGUAUAAUGCAACGAAUAAUGUAGAUCUGUCUUAAGCAUAUGUUAUCUGUAAGGUGUUUGAAAAAAUGUUUUAAUUGAUUAUAGGUCUUCAAUGUUUUCCAUCCUGAUAGCAGACGACACGCGCAUCGCUGCUUCAGUUGAAAAUAGUGCGCCAUGGAGGGAUAGGAUUUCUUCGGAAUGUAUUCGGCGGUUUGAGUAUAUUUUUAUUUCAUAAUUUAGCCUGAAAUAUGUUGUUCCUUCUACGAGGACAUGUUCUUAACAUGUCCUGUAGCUUGAGGAACACAGUUAAUGAAGUUAAAUCACUUGAAUCUAGUCUUCCGGCAUUGCUUAACCUCAACACAGAAGUCCCUCCAAUUUGUAAGAAUCUAUUCUGUACAAAAACUAAUUUAUCCGUGACUGAUGAAAAUGUCAAAAGGUAUAUGAAUUAUCUUAUAUCCGCGUACCAAAAUAAGAAUGUGAAAAGUCAAAGUAUCAAGGAAAUUUUGGGAGUACAAACAUUGUCGCACUUGUUGAAUGAAAAAUUAUGUAUACUACAGAACAUGAACAGUUUAAAGGACUUUGUUGGUAACAAUAAAGACAUGGAAAGCCUUGUUAAAGAAGAGGAAGCAAUGUAUGUACAGCAGAUGCAAGAUAUCGAUAAACAGAUAUUGGAUGUUAUUUUACAGCAUUUGGAUGAAGAAAACUAUAACAAUCUUAUUAUAGAAAUAAUACCAGGUGUAGGAGGGCUCGAAGCUAUGCUGUUUGCCCAUGAUUUAUUGAACAUGUACAUAGGGUAUUUAGAGUACUUGCAACUAGACUAUGAAAUAAUACAAAUGGACAAUAAUGAAACAGGUGGUAUAAGGAAAGCUGUUAUAGCAGUGACAAGCACUCAGGCAUAUAUGAAAUUUAAAUACGAAGGUGGUGUACAUAGGGUACAAAGAAUACCAGCGACAGAGAGAUCUGGUCGAAUGCAUACAAGUACGGCCACAGUGAUUAUUUUGCCAGAGCCCUCGGAAAUAGAAAUUGUACUGAAUAAGAAAGAUUUAAAGAUAGAAGGGAAAAAAUCUUCCGGUCCAGGAGGCCAGCAUGUAAAUAGUACGGAUUCAGCAGUUAGAGUAACUCACCUACCGACUGGUAUAGCUGUAACUUGCCAGAUAAUGAAGUCACAGAUAAGGAACAAACAGUGGGCUUUAAUGAAAUUAAGAAGCUUACUGUACGAGCAGCAGUACGAGAAGCAAACUUCGUUUAUCGGUGGAUUGCGUAAGAAGCAGGUGGGAAAACAGACCAGAAACGAAAAGAUUAGAACAUAUAAUUACAAUCAAGACCGUGUGACGGAUCAUAGGUUAUCAAAUUCCACGAUACAUUCUUUAAGAACGUUCAUGAAGGGUGGGCGAGAGUUGGAGGAGUUAGAGGAGAAGCUCCACCGAAGCAUACGGUGGAAAAUGUUGCUGGAGUUGAUACAUAAGGCGGAUAGUGAAUUGAAAUAGACGACGGGAGUUCGCUCAAACGUUUGCUAACAACAUUUUUGAUAAGAAACGACUUCAUUUUACAUAGGCAAGCCAUUGUACAUAGCAAAUCGGUAAUAAACUCUG